GCCAUUGCGUGGGGAAAACUUGGCAAUGGCGGAGGAAACCAACGGAGCGGACUUGGAAGAGGAGUAUCAUGAAGGAGAUCUGGAAAAAGCUCUAGAGCAGGAACCCGAGUUGCUGGAAGAAGAGGAAAUCACAGAGGAAGUGGUUGUGGAUGAGGUCGAAACGCUUUUAGCGCCUGAUUUCGAAGAGGCUUUGGCCGAACUUGGCAAUGGAGACCUCGAUGCUCUUCAAGACAUCGAGGGAGAAGUCCUGGCAGAACUGGCUGCACCCCUUGAGGAAGAGGCUGACAAGGCCGAAGAUGAUACCGGUGCUGCAGUUGACAUCAUUGAUGAGGAAGAGAUCGUUGUGGAUGAUGCACAAGACGACAUUGAUUUGCUGCCAGAAGAGGCGGUCAUGCAGUUUAUGCAUGCUAUGCUACUGUCAAUGCGACUUUAUUUGUGCCAGUAA